AUGCCCCUUGGCUUCGUUUCGAUUGUUUCGUUUCAAAACGCUACCCGUUUCGCGUCUUUUCGCCCUGGCCCGAGCAACCUUCCACGCAAGGGCCUUCGGCGUCAAAAUCCUGUCUGUGUUGGCAAAUCGCUCGAAGAGGCUGUUCAGAAAGGCUAUGUCGAAGAUUUUGGCCGUGUUGUCAAGCUAAAUUCUAAUGGCUGUUUUCCGCCAAGAAAUGGGCUAGGUAUCACUCAAAAGCUACGUCCGUCAUUGGACAAGAUCGUCAGAGAAGUCCAGGAGGUGAUUAGGCGAAAGGACGUGAGGGCGAUUUUCUUGCGUGGGUCUGUGGCAACAGGAAACUUUUCCGCUGAGAGGGACUCGGAUUUGGAUCUCAUCGUUAUUCUCCAGAGCCAUGUAUCACGAGAAGAAAAAUCUGCAGUUUACGCUAUUAUCUCGAAAACGGCCAAGUUCUCUCUCGGGUUAUCUUGCGUAGACAUUCGAUAUAUAUGUUUGCAAUCGCAACGCCCAGGACAGAAACAAAGAUCUCUUGAUACAAACACGCUUAUUCUUCUUAAGAGCUACGCUGUUUGCUUGUAUUGCUCGGACACGGCUCUGCUCGCAGAAGAUGUCGAAACCAAGCCGACUGGAGAUGAUGCUCUUAAUAUCCGCGAAUAUGAGCGGUGGUUCUUGCGCCUAUUCCAGAAGGCAAGAGGUGAAAACCAGGCUAUGAUGCAAUGUAAUUCCAUUAAAUGGCUAUGCAAACGUGCUCUGAGGUCCAUUGCAGAUCUUGGCAGCAUAAGGUUGAGGGAGCAUAGUCGAGAUUUAGUUCCUUGUUACCGAUUGGCCAGCAGGGCAUUUCCGGAUCACGAAGGACUUCUCAUUUUGGGGUUGCAGUAUGCAUGUGCUAAUGCAAAGAAUGGAUAUCUAGGUCUUUCGGAGUCCACAUUUCUUACAAAAGGCUACGACGUUGCUCGAGACUUGGUAGAGCUAACUGAGGAAUUGUCCUUGUAUCAAAAUUUUGGUUCCGCCGUCGAGAAGCCGUUCAAUCUUAACGCAUUGGCUACGCCGUACGUCUUUCGGUCGAGUCCUUGGGUAGAUGACGUCAAAGAAUUCAUGGCGACAAGCAUAGCUCAAGUAAAAUCAAAUUUAGAUACGGAGAAGAUUUGCGUUCAAGAAUUUAACUUUUUACGAAGCGGCCUUCCAAACAUCGCACUGAACCCACAACCUAUAUCUGAGGGCGGAUGUCAAGCAGCAACAACUCGAAUUGACGCAGAAUCUUCGUUAUAUCUACUUCUCAAGAAAACUGAUGAGCCGCACGCAAGCAGAAGAGUAAUCCCUUCCGAGAAUGGUGUCUGUUCCAAUUCAAAAGCCAUUAUCGAAGAGCUCUCAAAGACAGUUGAUACAAUUCAAUGUAGGGUUUCUGCCGGGGCGGAAGUUACGUUCUGUCGAGAUUCGCACCCCUGGAUUGACACUGGUAGGUUCUCCCCUCCCAGUGUUCUUGAAAGCAUAACUCUACGGGAAGCGAUGAUUCGAAUGCAAGAGGGAAACGCUCUCCCUCCUCUUCGCUACCAGCAUGAAGAGAGACUGUACAUCCAAUCCCCGGUGAUGAAGAAGAAAAGGAAGUUUCAAGGGCUAGAGAAGCUACCUCUUUGCGUCGCACAGGAGGAGCGCAUCUGGGUGAGUACACAUGGUACUGUAUCAGGGCUGCACUAUGAUGCCUCGUAUUCCUGCCUUCUACAGAGGAGUGGUAUGAAGAGGAUGCUCUUUUUCCCGCCAGCGUGCCUCGAGCACAUGGGUAUAUAUCCCCUCGGUCACCCAUUGCACCGACGAGCACGAGUGAAUCUUGCUCGACCAAAUUCGAGUAUGUUUAAGGACUUUUGGAAGUCAUGCGCACAUAGAGCAACUGAGGUCGUGUUGGAAGAGGGAGAUUUAGUGGUGUUUCCACCAUUCUGGUCGCAUUAUACCGAAAGCUUGACAUCAAACCGCUGUGAACUAUCCAUUUCGCACACACUUCGAUUUGUGUGA